CAACACAUAAUAUUGAUGAAUUUCGUGAAAUUACCUUUAAAGGUUUUACUGGCAGUCCCAAUUCAUUGAUUGUACCCUUCGAGAAAAAUUGUAUUCUCUUAUUUACUGGAAGAUAUGUAUAUGAAGAUUUGGAAUAUGUCACUUUGGUUCAAACUGUUCUGCUUUCUUAUUCAGAGGGUGAUUAUGUUUUUACUCCUGAAGACCUUCCAAAUUCAUCUCCUUUAUUAAUUUAUUCUGCUCCCGUUGUACCAAACUCUUACAUUCCUGAUAAUAGAGGAGGACGAGAAAGCUUUACAGAAACACCUUCUUCUGAUCAUUCUCCUCAAUCCUCUACUUCUCAAUCUAUAUCCCAAAAACCAUCUAAGAAUCCUCAUGCUACUUGUGUUGACAAUGAUGAUGAUUCUUCUAUUA